GAGGGGGAGGCCCUUUGCCCUCAACCAAGAUGGCCGCCCCUCGCUAGCCCUCGCCGCCCCGGGGAGGAAGAGGAGGCCCGGCCCGGCCCGGCCCCGCAGCCAUGGCCCUGUGCGCAGCGCUGGGCAGGAGGCUGGCGCCGCCACGACCCGGUGGCCGAGGGGGGACUGGAACCCACGACCUCCGACUCCCAAGCCCCGGAGCCCCGCCGCUCCUCCGGGUCUUCCUUUACCUGCCCUCGGGCCUCCGUCUCGCGUCCGCGUCCGCCGCCGAGCCCGAAGCGGAGACCCGGGAGAACGAGAGGAUCGCCCCCGAGUUCGUCAACCGCAAUCCCCGCAACCUGGAGCGCCUGGCCGUGGCCAGGAAGGAACGGGGCUGGGCCACGGUCUGGCCCGGGCGCGAAUUCUGGCACCGGCUGAAGGUGGAGCGAAGCCAGCGUCACGUCACGGCGUCGGUGGAGCGCCGCGACGGGCGCACGGUGGUGUCGGCCUCCACCCGGGAGUGGGCCGUCAAGAGGCACCUGUACCGGACCGGGAACGCGGCGGCCUGCGAGAACGUCGGCCGGGUGCUGGCCGGCCGCUGCCUGGAGGCGGGGGUCGGCUUCGUGGGCUUCCAGGCCACCCCCUGGGAAUACUCCUCCCCGUCGAUCCAGCGGCUUUUAAAAGCUCUGACGGACGGCGGGGUGGAGUUGAAGGAGCCGCGGAGAAUCUACGAGUGAAAUGAAAUCGCCCGUCGGCCCGGGCCGGUCGCCGGCCCGCCGGCUCGCCCCGGCCCGAGACGUCGGCGGUGGCUCUCGAGCGGGAGGGGGCGACCGCUGAUCUAGGACGGCGUAACCCGAAGGCUCAGAAUGAUAAUAAUGACGGCGGUAUCUCCGA